AUGCGACGCUCUCACGUUAUAAAGGGUCUUCAUUCCCGAAGUUUUGUGCGUUAUCUAACGUCAGAGGCUAAGGAAGAUGGUACGAAAGUUAUGGCUACACCUGCACCUGCACCUGUUGUAGUGAAAAAGAAUGGUAGUUCAUUCGUACAGCGUAUCAUGUCCUUUGGUAUUGGUGUGGCUGUGGGCGCUGGGUAUGGUCUCUCCGUGUUGAAAGAGGAUGUUGAACACUCGAGUCAACAGAUACAAAGCUCUGUAAAUGGUCUCAAGGAUGAAAUGAUUGCGCAAAAUGCGACACUUACGAAGCGGAUUGAAGCAUUGGAGAAGAAGCAGUGA